AUGCCGACCGCCGGCCUCAAGACCAUCAUCGCCCUCUCCUUCGUCCUCGCCGUUGGAUUCCUCCUCGUUAUCCUCUCCUGCGCUCUGUGGAAGGUGUAUUAUCCUCUCCUCGUCGUCGCCACCUAUGUCAUUGCGCCUAUUCCCAACUGGAUCUGUGGACACUGCGCCAACCCGGAUGACUUCGUGGAGAGCUCGGGCGCUGCGGUUCUAGACCUUGGACGCUUCUUUACAGGUUUCUUUGUUGUUAUGGGAAUUGCUCUUCCUGUCGUUCUCGCUCACUCUGGUCUCAUCGAGGUGCAAGCCAUGGUCAUGUCCAUAAUCGGCGGUCUAUUGAUCUACGGAACCAUUGUCAGCUUCGGCAUGUUUUUCCACGAGGAGCAAGAUUUCUAA